ACUAGCUUAUACAAAAAAAAAAAAAAAAAAAAAUAGAAAGAGAAAUUGUUGAAGUGAAAUGGUUAGAGUAAGCAAAGAGAUUAUGCAAAAAGCAGCUACACUACUCUCCGAUUUCCUCGUUUGUCCUCUCUCCAAACAACCCCUUAGGUAUUGCGAGGAAUCAAGUUCCCUAAUCAGUGAUACUAUUGCCGUUUCAUUUCCCAUAAAGAAUGGGAUACCUUGCUUGGUUCCAAGAGACGGGAAGAUACUUGAUGAAGAAGAUGCAUCAAAACCAGAUAACAAUUUAUAUGAUGCAGUAAAUGAAGAGAAUAAAGGAAGAAACUCCUAAGAUGAUGAACUGUGAGAGACAUUUAAGGUUUGAAAUUUAGUUUUGCAGGAAUGUUGUUGCCCUCUUUACACUUUUCCUACUUUACAUGAUGAUCAAACUCUCUCUGAACCUGCUGUUGGUAGAAUUGUGUGACGAAGAAGUUAUCGUUUAACACUUUGGGGAUGACUGAAAUAUGAUUCUUUCUUCUAUGAAAAAAUUAUGACAAAUAAAUCUUAGUUUCCCCGCUUCCCUUUCACUGUUUUAAUAUUUUAUCCAAGCUGAGCAGGUUUAUUUGUAUCUCUUGGAUUUCUCACUUUAACUUAAUGAUUCAGUUAUUCAAUGUUUAUAAUACUUCAUACA